AGAGAUAUAUAGCUAGACCGUUGUCCGCGCUCUAUCCAAUUUUUUUUAAUCAUUUCGUGAUUGUUCUUCCUAUAAUUGAAUGUGAUAUGGCUACGUCCAACCAGCCUGAUGUGAGCAAGUACAAGCAAAAAUUCCUAGAAACAUAUGGCGAGAUGCUAGAAUGGAUAAGACCAGAACACUUCGCAGAGUAUAAUGAACGAGCACCGAAUCAUCGAUCAAUUGAGGUUUUCAGAGGUGGCUUACUGGAGAAUUUAUUGUCAUAUUUCAAUAACGUUUGGGAUACCACGAAUACCGAUGAGCAAUUGAAUGUUUUGGAUAUGUUGAAGGCUGAUCCGAAAAACGAUUCUGUUAAGAAAUGGCGUCCAACUGGAAAGAGCGCUCAAGAACAAGUGCGACCUCUAAUAAUUAACAAGCUUAAAUGGCAGAAAAGAAUGUAUGAGAAGCAGAUUCAAUACCAAAAACAACAGUUGGAGCAGGCAGUGACACAGGUUGAGUUGAGUCGCAAAAAGUGGACUGAUUUAAAUGAAAGAAGGGAAUUCCUGAAAAAUGCCAUCACAAGUGAGUUACAAGACCUCAAAAACAUUGAAUCACAAAUAACGGAUAUCGAAGAUAAAGUAACAGAAGAUUUGCAACGAUGA